GCGGCGCUUCGAAGAAGGCCUGGGGACGAAGGUUUCACAUCACAUCAAACGUGCCUGACCCUACCGGGGAGACGUAUCAGCAAAUCUUUCCUGUUUGGACCAUUGCGGUCACGAAGAACCAGAGACAGUUGGCCACAGCAACCAGUGACAACAGGAUCAAUCUCUGGUGCCUUGUUACACAUCAGCUGCUUGCUCCUCUCAUCGGACAUGCAGACACGAUUUGGCGCUUGGCCUACUCACCUGAUGACUUGCUACUGGCAUCCACGAGUGCUGAUGGCACAGUGCGGUUGUGGGAG